AUGGCUUACGAGCUCAGAGAUAGAAAGAACAAGCUGCAGGUAUAUCAAAGUAACUGGAGCAGUUCAGUGUUUUCGAGUGACGAAACAGAUAGUUCUGAUCCUGAGUAUACAAGGAGGCCCCCAAGAAGGCAAGCAAAGAACUACAACCUCAGUAUUGCUCAAAUGGCUGAAGCGGGGCCAGCUACAACCUCAGCUGGGAAUUUGGAAUCAGUAAGGCCAAAACGGGGUCGUCCUCGAAAGACUACCAAGCCUAGGAGGCAAACAAGAGCUCGAUUUUCAUAUAGCAACCCUGCUGGAUCGUCAAACCAGACAAAGAAUCUCAAAGAUAGCAGAACUAUAUUGUCAUGGUUGAUUGACCUCCAUAUAGUUGAGGAUAACGCAGCAGUCUUUUAUAACAAUGAGAUAAUGCUGAAGGGGACAAUAAAAAGGGCUGGAAUUUUGUGCACUUGUUGUGAACAAAUGUUUACAGUGUGGAAUUUCGAGGUUCAUGCUAAAAGCGAAUUAAGAAGGCCGUACGAAUAUAUUUUGGUCGAGAGCAAUGGAAACUCCCUCCUCCAAUGCCUGAUGGAUGCAUGGGAGUGCCACAUUGAAUCUGCACCACAAUUUGGAUUCCAUCGUAGCAGGCCCCGAACAGCACCAGCAGACCAGAAUGACGAUUCGUGUAUGAUAUGCGCAGAUGGAGGGGAUUUGAUGUGCUGUGACAAAUGUCCUUCCGCGUUUCACCCUUCAUGCAUGAACAUGGAGAGAGUUCCCGAAGGAGAAUGGGGAUGUUCCUACUGUGUCUGCAUACAUUGUGGACUUGUUCGUGGGAAGUUCCUUACAUGUUCAGUAUGUGAGAAGAAAUUUCAUUGGAGUUGCCCUGCGCCAAAUGAAAUCGAUCUCAAUCUCUCAACUUCAUCAUUUUGCAGUAAGAGCUGUAGCGAGAUUUUUGAGAAAUUGGAGCCGAUGGUUGGGGCCAAGAAUGAUUUAGACAACGGAUAUUCUUGGAGACUUCUCAGGAGAGAAGAUAUAAACUUAAGUGGCCAUACUGAAAAUUUGCACAAAAAAUUAGAAUGCAAUUCCAAGAUCGCAGUGGCAGGGGUCUUGAUGCACCACUGCUUUGAGAACAUCAUCGACCGAUUCACUGGAACAAAUAUUGUUCAGAGUGUAAUACACAGUCAGGAGUAA